GCUUUUACAUGUGUUUGGCCCUGCUUUAGCUUUUGAAGCCUAAAAGCAUUUCUAAAAGCCGGGCCAAACGUAGGGAAUGGCGGUGGUUAAUUUUUUGUGUUGCUGCGGUGGGUCGAUGUUUGGGUAAUAGGUUUUGUGUAUUGAUUGAUGAGAAUAACUUUUUGAAAUUGAAUUUUGAGAAUCAUAUAUGGAUUUGGAAGAUGAUAUAGAGAAGCCAGAGGAAAGAAGGGGACUGGACAACAUCUCAUUGCCACCGUUCGACUCCCUUUUUAUUUUUUAAUUUUUAAUUUUCAAUUUUUAAAUCAUGUGGACUAGUCUAGUCAGCAACUAAUGUUGAGUCAUUAACGGGAAAAAUGGUUGACCGUCAAUUCUGACGGUCAAACAGUCCCACAUGUCAAAUUUGUCCAAUAGUUUGAAAAGUAAGCCAUAAAUGUCUUAUUCGAAAAGUCGGGCCAGAAUUGUCAAUAAUGCUAAACUUCGGGCCAAAUUAGGGUAUUAACCAUUUUACGUUUCACUUCUGCAAUUUGGAGCUCACGAGUGGGAAGGUGGACUGCAAUUCGGAACUCACGCUCUCCGAUCCGACGGCCGACUAAACUUAGCAAUUUUCCCUGCUUGUUCAACGCCGGCCUAGCUCACUGUGACUGGUAAUUAAUUCGCAAACUCUUCCUGCUUUAGCCUAACUCGGCGUUUAGGAGAACUCUCAUUUCGCUGGACGGUAAAUCGCAAUUUCUUCAUUUUGUGGAAGAACGGGGUUCCAAGGUUAAGCCUGCAACUCCGCUCCGGCACUAAAUAUCAUACGAUGCAUUUUCAAAUCUUGCAGAAUUUGGGUAUCUGUUCUGGGUUGGAAUUGGGUCUGCAAUUAGAUUAUCUGUGUUAAUCGAUCAGGGGAAGGAUCGAACAUGAAGGGUGGCAAAAGGAGGCGAGGUGUGAAACAAACCGAUAGACUGAGUGAUCUUCCGAAUGGUAUUUUGCACCACAUUCUCUCCUUCCUGGACAGUGAAUCUGUUGUUCGAAGCAACAUUUUGUCACGGAGGUGGGUCUGGAAAGAGGUUCAUGUCCUCAAUUUCUACGGACACUCGUGUAAGGCUAAGCAGAAGCAGCAGCAUAUCGAGCGACAUGUGGACCAAAUUCUAUCCUGCCGGUCUGACUGCAAUGUUCGCAAAAUUAGCAUCUUCUUUGACAUUCAAGCGCACGUGAUUCCGUAUCUCGGCAUCGUGAAAUAUGCUGCCUCUCAUGGUCUUCAACAAUUAUAUGUGCUUCAUAAGGAGGAAGAUGAUCGUUUCCUCAUAUUAUCUGCAGAUGUUGCCCUAAUCUCUACUUAUGUUCGAUCACUGAAAGUUCUGGACUUACAGUGGGCGGUUCUGGACGAGAGUGCACUUGGGUUUUGGUCUCAUUUGAAACUGCUCGAGACUCUGACUUUGCGUGACUGCGAGUUUGAUUUUGGUGGUCCGGAUAACCUGCCCGACCCUUUGCUACUUUUCUCAGAUUGGAAAACCUGAAACUGUUGGAUUGCUUUUCGCGAUAUUGUGGGUUGAAAAUAUCUGGACCCCAAUUGCUUACUUUGGAGAUACAUUGGCCAUCAAGUCCCACCUUGGAAAUUUUCGCUCCUAAACUUGUAUCUUUGUAUUACUGGGAUGAUCUUAUUAUUCGUGCUUUAUCAUCACAACUCUCCAAAUUGAACCUUCCUUUGCUUAAUCAUGCAACAAUCAUCUUGUCGGGUGACAAGGAUCUAUUUGAUAAGAGUGUAUGCAAUGACUAUCAGAAGCAACUACUGACGUUCGAGCUUUGUGCAAACUUGUUCCAUAGUUUGCAUAAUGUGAAGUCCCUCUGCUUGCACUUCUAUACCAUUGAGGUAUGAUGUCUGUAAUUGCUAAUAGUAUAAAAUGAGCAUAAUCCU